GCAUGCGCGGGGCGCUGACGGCUCUCUGACAGCAGGCUAGAUGUUUGGCGCGGCGGCGGCGCGCUUGCUGCGGGUCUUCAGGGGGAGCCUGGGUCACCGAGCCGGGAUGGCUGCGUGUGUGUGGGUGGAGCCCGGCCCCAAGUGCCUGUUCGACGAGCCGGUGCGGGUGCGGGUGGGCGGCCUGUCGCCGCUGCAACAGGUCACCCUGAGGGCCGGCCUCACCGACGAGAAGGGAGAGGCUUUCAGCUCGGUGGCUUUGUACCGGGCGGACGAGCGGGGCGAGCUGGACCUCAGCCGCUCGCCAUCCCUGGGCGGCCACUACACCGGCAUCGAGCCCAUGGGGCUCUUCUGGUCGCUCACCCCCCACACCCCGUUCGGUCGGCUGGUGAAGAGGGACGUGGCCGCUUCGCCGCUGAGGGUCCGCAUCGAGGUGUUUGAUGGGCACGGGGGUGACCCGCGGGAGCUGCCGGAGAGACCCCUGGCCUCCUGUGUCAAUGAGCGGUGGUUCAUGAGAGAAGGGGUGACCAGGAUCCCCGUGAGAGAGGGUAGGGUCCGCGGGGUGCUCUUCGUCCCACCUGGUGAUGGACCAUUUCCCGGGAUUAUUGACCUGUAUGGGUCAGUUGGUGGGGUGGUUGAGCACAGAGCUAGUCUCUUGGCAAGCCACGGAUUUCUGACACUGACUUUAGGAUAUUUUGGAUUCGAUGACCUUCCAAAGGAUUUUCUCAACCUUGAUCUUGAAUAUUUUGAAGAAGCUGUGAACUUUCUGAGGCACCAUUCGAAGGUAAAGGGUCCUGGAGUUGGAGCAAUAGGAAUAUCAAAGGGAGGAGACCUAGUUCUUUCAAUGACCACAUUUAUACCGCACGUGACAGCAGCUGUCAGUAUUGGUGGAUGCAAUGCAAACACUUUAGGUAAUUUGCAUUACAAAAACAUGACUCUUCCAGGCCUGGGUGUUUCAUUGGACCGAAUCAGAUUUCUGGAAUCAAAUCUGGUUGAUAUCUCUGAGGUGACAGAUAACCCAAAGGAUGAAGCAAAUAAAGAUUCCAUCAUUCCAUUAGAAAAAGCUGAAGGUCAUUUUUUGUUUGUGGUUGGGGAGGAUGACAAGAAUUGGAACACUCCACUCUUUGCUCAGCAAGCUGUUGAACGACUGAAAGAAAAUGGAAAAGAGAACUAUGAAAUUCUCACUUAUCCAGAGGCUGGACACCUGCUGGAGCCCUGCUAUUUCCCAUUCUGCUCUGCCUCUUUUCAUCGGUUGGUGGGGCUUCCUGUGAUCUGGGGAGGGAAAAUAAAACCGCAUUCAUUAGCCCAGAUAGACCUUUGGCCAAGGAUCCAAAUAUUUCUGAGAAAGCAUCUUGAAAAACAAAGCAAAUUGUGAAAAUAUCUCAUGCCUUCUUGUCAUAUUCAUGAAAUAGAUUGGAUUAUCUCAUGUAUAAUUGUCAGGUUUUUUUAAUACAUUAUCAUGCAUUGGAUUCCACCCGCAUUUACAUGUAAUUUUGUGCACUGAGAAUGAUUGUAAAGCUUUACCACAUUGAAACUAGAAAUUUUAUUGCUUACCUUUUCCAUAUCCAUGAUUAAUGUUUGCCUGUCAAUUUCAAUAAAUGACUUGAAAAUUUUCUGCA